AUGAUCUUUAUUUAUUGGUUAACUCUUAUUUAAAACACUUUUGCAGAGUCAGCCACUCUGAAUGUUUCGAAUGCUGCUUGUUCAUGCACAUAACUUUUAACUGAGAAUGAAUGUAGAGAACGAAAAUGCUAUUGGAGCAAUAAUACAUGUUCCACUUUAACAAUAAAACCAACUAAUUAUUGCGAUUUGAUAGGAAUUGAAGUAUGUAUGAAUACACCAGGUUGUGCUAAUGUUUCUGAGAAAUGUGUUUCUUUUUCAGGAUGCAGUGCCUACUAAUACCCAACAAAUGAAAUAUGUUAAAACAUUUCAAUGAAUUGUACAACAGAUGGAGAAUAGUGUAUAGAAUUAGAUUAGUGUAGUAGUUACACAAAUUAGGUUAGUUGUGUAAAGGAUGACAAUGGAAAAUUUUGUUAUUGGAAUAUUGAAAAACGAGUAUGUUAAUUACCAACAACUUGUGAUGUAUUGCCAAGUACUUUGAAUUCUGAUGCUUUAUGUAGAUUCUAGAUUAAUAGUUGUACAAUGAAAUAAGGUGGUGGAUGUGAGGCUAGUGGAGAUAAAUGUGAAAAUUAAAAAUUUGAGGGAGCAUGUAUUACAAGUUUAGAUUAAAAAAUAUAGUGUAUAUGGGAUUAAAAUUAAUGUAAAGAUAAAACUUGUUUAAAUUCUCCUUAAAGUAAUAUAACACAUGAAUUAUGUACAUUAUAUUUAUCUACAUGUACAGUAAAUGAUACUUUAAAUGGAUGUCUAGAUUAAUAAAUGUUAUGUUCAUCAUAUAAGAUUUAGAAUAAUUGUAUUAUUAAUAGUGUUGGUUAAAAUUGUUAUUGGAAUAAAAACAAUUAAAAAUGUGAAGAUAAAAAUUGUGAUAAUGCAACUGAUGAUUAUUAGAAUCAUGAUUUAUGUUAAUAGUGGUUAAAUACUUGUACUGUUAAAUCUAGUGGAAUAGGUUGUUAGACUAAAUUAAAUGAUUGUACAAAAUAUACUACUUCUAAUUAAUGUAUUUAGACAUUAAUUGGAGAUGAAUGUUUUUGGAAUGAAACUAAAUGUUUAUUAAAAUCAUGUGAGAAUGCACCUUCAACAAAUAUUAAUCAUGAUAUGUGUACUUAAUAUUCACAAAUAUGUACUGUAUAAAUUGAUUUAACUGGAUGUUAAAAGAGAAAAACUUCUUGUUCUCUCUAUACAAAAGUAGAAUAAUGUGUAUAAUAAUUGGAUGGUAAGUUAUGUAUAUUUUAGAAUGAUUUAUGUAUAGAGAGAAUAUGUAGUAAUGCUUCUGAAGAUUUUACAAAUGAAUAAGAAUGUAAAGGAUUUUCAUCUACUUGUAUGGUCAAAUCUAAUUAUAAAGGUUGUAUUUUAUAAGAAUGCAAAAACAUUUAAAUAAAAGAUAAUUGUACAUUAGAUUAUUAAAAUAAAUAAUGUUAUUAUGGAUAAUAAUGUUAAUAAAGAACUUGUUUUAAUGCUCCAUUGACUUAUAAAACAGAUAAAGAAUGUAGAUCAUAUUUAAAUGAGUGUACAGUCAAUUAAGAACUUAAAGGAUGUAUUGAGAGACCAUUAUCAUGUGAUAAAUUGAAUGAAUAAUAAUGUACUAUAUUAAGUGAUAAUGUGACAAAAUGUAGUUGGAAUGAUGAUAAUGAGAAUAAUAAAGUAUGUAGAAUCUUGAAUUGUUCAGAUAUUACACCAGGAACAUAAACAAAUGAAACUUGUACUACUUUUGAUCCAUCUUGUACAGUAGCUGAAAAUCCAAGUAUAUGUAUGACAAAACCAUUGGGUUGUUCAUUAAUAUUAAAUAAAUAACAUUGUUUUGCAGUAGUAUUAACAGAUAUGCAAUCAACUUGUAGUUGGGAUAAUGAUAAUUCAAUAUGUAGAGAUCGUUAAUGUUCAGAUGCUAAUUAAAUAUUAAAGACAGAAGAUGAAUGUAGAAAUUACUUACCUAUAUGUACACUAAGUUCAACAGGAUCUGGAUGUGUAAAUGAACCAAUAUCAUGUAAAGGAUACAGAACUAAAGAUGUAUGUAAAAGUUUAGUAUCUGAUCCAAAUAAUAUAAUUUUAUGUGGUUGGAAUGGUUGUGAAGAUAGAACUUGUUUUAAUGCACCUAUUUUGAAUUUAGGAUAAUUAUAUACACAUUCAUCAUGUAAUUCUUAUUUAAAUUCAUGUACUUUAAAUGCUAAUUAAACUGGUUGUGUUAAUUAAUUUACAACUUGUGAUUAAAUUAAAAGUUAAUUUUAAUGUGGAGAUACAAUCUUAGUAAGUGGAUCUAGAUGUUAUUAUGAUGUAUCAACUGAGAAUUAUUUCUGUAGAGAUUUCAAAUGUACUGAUGAAACAUCUUCAUUAAUGACUCAUGUUAAAUGCUAGAACUUAAGUAAUCAAUGUACUCUUGCUGAAAGUGGUAUGGGUUGUGUAGAUAUAUUAAGUUCUUGUUCAGAAAUUAAAGAUAUGAUAUAAUGUGAAGGAACUAUUUUAACCUUUAAUCGUUAAUGCAGUUGGGAUACAAACCCUUCUGAAAAUUCAAUUCCAAUUUGUAAAGAUAGAGCAUGUAAAUACAGUCCAUAUAAAGGCAAUGCUGUUAGUUGUGAAAACUACUUAUCCUCUUGUACUUUAGGUGAUCCUGAUUUAGGAUGUAUUGAAAAACCCUCAACUUGUAAUGGUCUUAAUUAAAAAUAAUGCAAUAAUGUAAAAUUAAUUGAUGGAACUUAUUGCUCAUUUGAUAGUACUAUUGUUAAUGAGUUAUUAUAAUGCCAUACUAGAAUUUGUGCUGAUGCUCCUACUAAUUAUCAUACUGAUGCUAAUUGCAGAACAUGGUUACCUAAUUGCACAGUAAAAUCUAAUGAAGCUGGUUGUAUUGAUGAACCUACAGAUUGUAAUUUAAUGACAAAAUCAUAAUGCUUCAUUUCCAAUGGAAUAACUUGCUUCUGGAAUGGCAAUGCUAAUCCUGCCAAUUGCAGAGUAGCUCUAUGUACUGAUGCAAAUAAAAGUUUGUAUACAAGUGAUGCUUUAUGUAAAAGUUAUAGAGCUGAUUGUACAGUUGCAAAGGCUAAUGGAUGCAUUACAUAACCAACUUCUUGUGCUUCUUUGGAUUAAGAACAUUGUCCUAAAAUAACAAUCAAUUCUACAAAUAAGGAGACUAGUGAAUAUAAAUGCAGUUGGAAUCUAUCUAUUUCAGCAUGUUAAGAUAGAGUUUGUACUGAUGCACCCAUUACAAUCAAUACAGAAGAAGGAUGUAGAAGUUGGCUUAAGACUUGUACUCUUGGAUUAACAAAUUAAGGAUGUAUGAUUGAAUAGACAACAUGUGAUUUAGUAUAAACAUAGAAUUAAUGUUAAGUAUUAUCUAAUGGUACUAAAUGUGGAUGGAAUACAGGUUGUGUAAAUAGAACAUGUUCCAAUGCUCCUGAUACUUAUACAACUGAUUAAUAAUGCAGAGACUAUCUUUCAAAUUGUACUGUUUAAGCAGAUGGAACUGGAUGUGUUAUAUAAGCAUCUAAAUGUAUUGAUAUUUUAGUAGAUAAACAAUGCAUUAAAAUUAAUGAUACUAAAUUAUGUCAAUGGAAUUCAAUUAAAUUAAAAUGUGAAGAUAGAAUAUGUAAUAAUGCUCCUCUUACAUUAAUAAAUCAUUAAAUGUGUCAAGAUUUCUUAAUUACUUGUACAGUUAAAGCAACUGGAGCUGGUUGUUAAACUCUAUUUGAUAAAUGUUCUACUUAUACAAUUAAUAAACAUUGUAUAUUAACAACAAACAAUACUAGUUGUCAAUGGGUUAUGAUUUCAGGAAUAGGUUAAUGUGUAGAUAUUUAUGAUGCAUGUUCAUCCUAUACUUUUGAAGCUGCUUGCACUAAAUAAAAGGAUUCAACUAAAUGUAUUUGGUUAAAUGGAUCCUGUUAUAAUAGAGAAUGUUAACAUGCACCCAAAUCCUAUUCUACUCAUCAGUAAUGUCAAGAUUAUGGAAAUUGUACUACUAAUGGAUAAGGUUGUAUAAAUUAUAUACCAUGUGAUUAAUAUAAAUAUGCAGCUUCUUGUAUUUAAGGACUCAAUGGAAAAUGUACACUUGUUAAUUAAUGUUAAAAUAUUAGUUGUGAUUUAGCCCCUAUUACAUAUAAGACUCAUAAUGAAUGUCAAUCAUUUCUUUCUACAUGUACUACUAAUGGAAAUGGUUGUAUUGAAAUCAAGAGAUGUUAAGAUGUUUAUGUUGAAGAAGCCUGUAAAAUAAAUACAAAUAAAAAAGAGUGUGCUUGGGUCAAUGGAAUGUGUUAUGAUAAAAGUUGUGAUACUGCUGAUAAAUCUAUUUUAUCAGAAAAAGGAUGUAAUGAAUAUUAUCCUGAAGGCAAAUGUACAACUAAAAAAGGAGGAGGUUGUAUUACAAAAGGCAAGUGUAAAGAUGCAUAAGUAGAAUAAGCUUGUAUCACAUAAUUUGAUGGAUAGAAAUGUUCAUGGUAAAAUGGAAUUUGUUAAUUGAGAUCAUGCACAGACAUAUUGGGUUAUGAUUAUAAAACAUGUAAUACUGCUUAAUCUGAUUGUACAACAGAUGGAUAUCAAUGUACAAUUAUGAAAACAUGUUCAAAUACUUUGAUUCAAUAAGCUUGUAUAAUGGGAACAGAUGGACCAUGUAGAUGGAGUUAAGAGAAAUGUUAUAGAUAUACAAAAUGUACAGAUCUCAUUUAUACAACUCAUUUGUAAUGCAACACUAUCCAUCCUUAAUGUACUACAAAUGGAUAUAAUUGUGUUGCUAUUACAAAAUGUUCUAAAACACUUAAAGUUGGUUGUUUUAUAGGUAUCAAUAAUAAUUCAAUUGGAUAAUGUAUUUGGACACCAACUAAUGUUAAAACAUCAGCUUCUUAUCAAUGCAUUGAUUUUAAUGAAUGUAGAAAUGCUUUAUAUUUAAAUCAUGAUGAUUGUUAUUACUAUUCUCUUGGUUAAUGUACAAGUGAUGGUUUUAGUGGUUGUAUUUAAUUGGAUAAUUGUACAAAUUAUACUAUAGAAUCUGCAUGUUAUAUUGAUAAAGCUGGUAAAAUAAUAAAUUCAUCUGGAGCUAUAAUAUCAACAGGAAAAUGCAAAUGGUCAUCUGGGAAAUGUAUUAUUUAAGGAUGUUCUGAUAUUUAAGGAUUUAAUCAUCAUGAUUGUAAUAGUUAAUUAAGUACAUGUACUUAUAAUGGAAAGAAUUGUGUUGUGUAAGGUACAUGCAAUAGUUAUAUAACAAGGGAUUCCUGUAUAGUUGCUACAGGUAUAGAUGGGAAAUGUUAUUGGGAUAAUAAUAUAUGUAUAGCUAUGAAAUGUGAAGAUUAUCCUGUCAGUUUAUGUUCACUCUAUUCAUCUACUUGCAUUUAAGAUGGAUCAACAUGUGUUUCACUUAAAGAUUGUUCAUUAUAUAAAACUUAAAGUGCUUGUGAUUAUGGUAGUCCAACAAGUAUCUGUGCUUGGAUUGUAACAUCUGUUAAUAAUAAAGGUAAAUGUAUUGAAGUAACUACAUGUACUGUAGCAACUGUCUAUGAAAAAGCAUGUAGAAAAUUAUCUGAAAGAUGUUAUUGGUAAGCUAUUACAGUUGCUAAUUAAAUUGAAUAUAUAUGUUCUACUAAGACUUGUGAAAUACAAAGUGAUUCAACUUGUACAGGAUUUUAUGAUUGGUCUCUUAAAAAAUAUACUGUAUGUUAAUUCAAUCCUCAAGGUAAAUGUGUAUCUAUUGAUCCUACAAGUUUGAAUUAAAAUGAUUGUCCAACAUCGACCUUAUAUUAAUAUUCAUGGAAUCCAACAAAAAAUAAAUGUUCAAUUUGUAAUACAGUUUAGACAAAUAAUUCUACUUAAUAGAACUAAUCAAAUGCUGCUGAUAGUAGUUCAAAAUUCAUCAUAUCGAUUAUAGUUAUUCUUCUUGGUUUAAUAAUUUGA